ACGAUAUUGGCCGCAUAUCCCCUUGCACUCUCCCCUCUCCUCACUACUCCCACCACGCCCCGCCAUGACCGCCAGGCCGUCCUCCAGCAACUCGCAGAGCGGCAGCCAGUCCUCUCCGUCCGAUUUCACUUCCUCUGUCGAGACGUCCCCCGCCACAAUCCCCAUCGCCGUACGCGCCAGCUCAGCCGACGGCGCGUCGCCCCGCUCCCAGAGUGCGCACACCACCCCCAACAUCCUCACGCUCGACCUCCAGCGCUCGACCUCCACGGGAAGAGGUGGCUGCUGGACGUGCCGCUUACGCAGAAAGGCACGUCGCUGUUUCACCCUCUCCAUUUGCCCCGCAGUCGAUGCUGACCGUCGCGCCCCACCAUCCCCACAGAAAUGUGACGAGCAGAGGGAGGAGGAAGGCUCGUGUCAUACUUGCCGCCGGCUCCAAUUGAGAUGUCUGGGCUGGGGUCCUAGGCGACCAGACUGGAUGCGGGAUAAGGACGCCGUUCAGAACUAUAAAGCGGAAAUAAAGGCGCACCUAUUGCGCCUCGGACUGAUUCGCGGGCAGCCCCGGUCCAACUUUAUCAGUUCUUCGCCUUCGACCCCAUCCGCAGGUCCCAACGCCCUGCCGUUCCCAACGCACAUGUUUCAGCAUCAGGAGGGAUCGACGAAUGAAUACGCUUUUCGCCUUGACGACUCGCCAAUGACGCUAGCAUUCUCGUCCGGCGUGCCUUCUGUACCCAUUCCCCACGAUCUGGGAACCGCGGGUUCCUCAUCGUCUGCAGGAUUCUCGGGGCCAUCACCCGCUCCUGAAUUCUACGAAUCAUCCAUGUUCACCUUCCAAUCCGCGUCCGCUUCGCCAUCAAGCUCCCAGGGACAUCAAAAUCUGCUGCAAUUUGACACAUUCGCCAGCGCGCCCGAACGUCCAUCAUAUGAAUACGAUGCGCACGGCCAGGCGCUUCCUGCCGUCGCUGGGACAGACCAAAACGACAACGUGCGCAGGGAACACAUUGCGUAUUACUUCAACCACGUAAGGGGACUGCAGUACCUCUUCUCCUGUAAAACGGCCACAGAUGCGGCGAACGCGAGCCUCGAGCAAGAGCCCCAGGGCGCCUUAUCGAACGCAAUAUGUGCGCUGUCCAAUCUGCAUUACAGCAGCAGCCAGCGCAGGGGUAGCUUCGACGCAUCGCCCGACCAGCUUCCAAAUGACUCGCUCGCACAGUUCUUCCAGAGCCAAGCUGCGAUUCAGCUCCAGAGCGCGCGUCAGCGAGUGCACUACACUGAGCACGACGCGAUGGCGGCGCUCCACCUUGUUAGUUACUCUUUGUCGUCCACAGGAGGGAAAAUGAUACGCGGCGCAACAGAGUGGGCGGGGAUGCUGGAAGUGGCUUCAGAGUGGCUGACGCAGACAAAUCUACACGUCGAUGAGAAUCCAAAAUUGACCCUGAUGAAGAUGAGCAAUCAAGCUGCGUUCGCAGUGAAAGCGACCACGUGUAUGGAUAUUUUCAUGAGCGUGACGCUGCAGCAGCCUCCACGCCUGCUCGCGCUCUACCGACGGCUUUUGGGCAGAGGAGGUGGCUACUGGGCCCCCUCUGGCUCACAUAGAGGAAGCGUCAGCAGCGGUGAUAAGACCACGGAGCGCUACGACGUGCGAAUGGACCGGCUCACAGGGUGCAGCGACGGCGUGAUGCUUGCAUUCGCAGAGAUAUCGGCUCUUGCACAUUGGAAGGUACAGGAACAACGUAGCGGGACGCUCAGCAUCCGGGACCUCGUCGCGCGUGGGCAGGCCAUCGAGCGCAUGAUGCAGCAGCAAUUGCAAGCCGAGGCAGGUACGCAGGUGGGAUUCAUUGAGCCCAACCAGGCAAUGGUGGAGGUCGUGAGCUCGACAGGGAUGGUGUCCCCCAUGGGCCUGGCCCCUCUGCAUACUGGCCGUUCGUUCGCCUCUGGAACGAGCCACGACCUGUCCCGUCGUCUGGUAGACGCUAUAUAUCAAGAGACUGCGAUGCUGUAUCUCAACACGGUGCUCAGUGGUCCGAACUCCAAUGUGCCCGAAAUCAUUCGGUCGACGCACUUGAUCGUACAACUGCUGAGCCAACUGCCCGCCGGGGACCCCGACAGUGCACUUUUACUCCCACUGUGCCUGGCGGGGAGCAUGGCGGAUGCGCCGGCGCACCGAGAGUUGAUCAGGAGCAGGCUGCUUCAGGUCGGAAAGGAUAACGCGAACGUGCGGCAGAUAGCCGCGGUCGUGUUGGCGGUCUGGCAGCGCCGCGACGCUGGGGCGAGGAUGGUAGACUGGAGGGAUGUUAUGCUAGAACAAGGAUUGAGGCUUCUACUGGUUUGAAAGGUGGGAUUAACGCACCGACACGAAGCCGCUGGUCGCGCCGCCCGUACUCGUACAUCCGACUAUUUCCGGUCUUCUAAUCAUUCGCGACGUACUCAUACCCGUCUUGUACCAUUUGCUAUUUAAUGUCGUGUUGUCUAGAAUAUGUUGCAUAGAUGCUGUCAAUUGUCUUAUUUAGCGCAGAAUUGCUUUCGUACCACAAUCAAACUGUCUAUGUAUCUUGUAAUUUGGAAAACAUGACUAUGACGACCUCGUGAUAAAGCUGCGAUUC